AUUGAUAGAUAUAUUACUAUAUAAGAGACGAUCACAGUCUGAAAGGGUCACAUUUGGUCGAGUGUCAUUGGUGGAGUCACCGGACUUUGACGAUGCGGUGUGUGCUCUCAGCUGUUCUUCUGCCUCUGAUUCUGCGCUCAUGCACCGGUGCAGAUUGGUGCUACCAGACACAAGUGAGCUGUCCAUCCCCCUGUAAAGGACCAGACCGAUGGAGUGAAGUCAAUUUAGACUGUGGGAAGAACAGACAGUCACCAAUCAACAUAGUGACAAAGAAAACCAAGCUGGACGAGCGACUGACGCCUUUCAAAUUCACCGGCUACCAGACCUUAUUCGAAAGCACCAUGAAGAACAAUGGCCACUCAGUUAAGGUCAGUAUACCCAUCACAGCCACGGUGUCUGGAGGAAACCUGGGAGAAACAUACAAGGCCGUGCAGUUUCACCUCCACUGGGGCACCAACGGGGGUCCUGGAUCUGAACACACCAUCGAUGGAGAGCAGUAUCCUAUGGAGCUGCAUAUUGUGCACAUGAAACAAAGAUACAACAGACUUGAAGACGCACUCAGAGAUCCUUCUGGAGUCGCGGUGCUGGGAUUCUUCUACGAGGUGUCAAGCAGCGCAAACAAAAAGUACGAUCUCUUCACACAGGGCCUGCGCAGCAUCCAGAAUACAAAUGGAAACACGACGCUUAGUAAGAUCUCUCUGAAUCAGCUCAUUCUGUCGGAAGCCAACAUGACUAACUAUUACCGGUAUGACGGCUCGCUGACCACACCGGGCUGCACGGAGGCUGUGGUGUGGACGGUGUUUGAAAACCCCAUUCCCCUCGACGGAGAACAGCUUCAGGCUUUUUCCAACCUGAAGUUCUCUGAUGGGAAACAAAUGGUGGGAACGUUCAGACCCGUUCAGCCACGUAACGGACGAGUGGUUUACCGGUCCAGCGGCGUAGCGGUCGUCGCCAGCGCUGUCCUGAUUCUGGUCUCCAUCAGUGCAGCGUUAGGCCUGUCCCGUAUGAACUAGAGUGAGACCGACCCGUUACCGGCACACAAGCAACACAAUGAGUUCUCAGCCAAUCAACGGACCAACAGAAGAAAACCACACACAGGCUGUUUCUACAGGACACUAGAGUAGUUAGUGUAGAAAUCUGACGACAGCAGUCGACUGCAUGACUACUAGAUGUGAGUUCGUAGCUAUCAAUAGGAGCUGGACUAAAGCCACUCGGACCCUCUGUGAAGGUCUGACGGGGAAUAAAUGCAUGACCUUUAUCCGUUAUAGACAUCUGCCAAAACACACACACACACACACACACACACACACACAGGCUAUAUUUACAAAGCCUUUGAUGUGCUGGAGAUGUGCAUUACUAACACACACAACAAUGAUCAGUACUCUACUGGUGAAAGGUCACAGAGGUCAAGGGUGAAAGGUCACAGAGCCAUGAGAACAGAUCAGAGAGAAACCCAGCUAUAGCAAACACACAAAUACAUUUACAUUAAUUCUGUUGACGCUUUUCAUAGUGUGUUCCACAGUUGAGUUUAAAAGAAACAAACUCGCUUCAAAUGAACCAAAAGAGGAAUCGAGUCAAUUAUUUGAGAACUGACUGAGAAAUUAAUUUUAUGUGUAUAUGCUGUAUAUGCAUAUAUAUAUAAAUUUCAUACAGUUUAUUAGUAUAUAUAUAUAUAUAUAUAUA